GUGCCCAAGCUAUCUUUGGUCGACGCUCCACUCUGUGCUUUGAGAGCGAGAGAGCUGACCACUGGCACCGUGAUCUGGGGGGAGCAGCUGAGCAGGUCUGCCAUCUUCUUCUACGUGGACGGCGAAGAAGUCGCAGUGUCAGAGGACUUUUCCUUUGACCUGGACGCAGCUGUGGCCCCG